UCUGUGCUUACAUGUUGCACGUCGAAAAUCCUCAUGAGUAAUUUCUAAAUUCUGUGUAGUUUUUAACUAUUAUUAUUAUUCUGCUUCCAACAAACAAAUAUACUAAUGUAAAGUCUAUUUAUUGAUUUUUAUAAAAAAAUAAAUUAUUAUUGAGUGAUUCAUAUAAGUUAUUACACAAGAUUUAUAGACGUUUCACGUAUCGAGUGAUAAAGAUCACAAAGUAAACCAUGUCUUUCCAAUCUCCAAUGCCAAGCAGAGAGUUCCUAUGGGAUAUUUUCAGAAGAGUUGACAAAGAUAGAAGUGGCCAUAUUUCAGCAGAUGAAUUACAGCAGGCUCUGUCGAAUGGUACAUGGAAUCCAUUUAAUCCAGAAACAGUCAGACUUAUGAUAGGUAUGUUUGAUAAACAAAACAGGGGUGUAAUAUCAUUUGAAGAUUUUGGUGCUCUUUGGAAGUAUGUCAGCGAUUGGCAGAAUUGCUUUAGAUCAUUUGAUAGAGAUAAUUCAGGAAACAUAGACAGACAGGAAUUAAAAAAUGCUUUGACUGCAUUUGGAUAUAGACUUUCUGAUGAUGUUGUUAACACAAUGGUACAGAAGUUUGAUAGAUUUGGACGAGGCACAAUUCUCUUUGAUGACUUUAUACAAUGUUGUGUAACACUCUAUACUUUAACAUCUUCAUUCCGGCAGUAUGACACAGAUCAAGAUGGUGUUAUUACCAUACAUUAUGAGCAGUUUCUUAAAAUGGUGUUUGGGUUAAAGGUAUAAAAAUGAUUUGCCUUCUUUAAUAUUACUGUUGUUACGCUUUAAAUGUGUAAUAUUUUAAGUAAAUUGUAUUCUGAAUGCAUAUUAUUGAACAAGUCCUAAAUAUAAAUUGUAUUUUAAUGCUGUUAUUGUGCAUUUUGAUAUGAUUAAAAUUGUCUAAAUCUUGUUAUAAUCUGUUUGUUGUAAUGUUUUCACAUACCUAUUGUUACAUCAGGUAGAAUAAAGAGUUUAUUGAUAAAUAUUUCGUUUUCCGUCCAGUGCUGGCCGUAAGUAUGGUGAUUUUUCAAGGUCAGUUGUCAAGAACAAGGUUUGGAUGCAAGCCAAGUUAAGGUUUAGUUUGAACAUUUUGUAGUUUUUAAAGAGCUAUGCAUGUUUCUUCUAUUUAAGUUGUAGUAUUUCUAGUGUAGCUCAAUUCUUGGAUUGAAAAAACAAGCUAUACUUGAUUAUUAUUGAGUUUAAAAAAAUGUGUUAAUAUUAAUCAUUCCCACCUAAAUUGCAAAGGGAAUAUUACAACUGACUAUCCGAGCUAUUUUGCAAUGUAUAGUUAUUUCUCUAGUUAAUAUAUAAUUGAUGAUAUUUAAGAGCAACAAUAAAGUGGUUGUAAGUUUUAUUUGUUCUUAGUAUUGAAUAAUAGUACUUUGUGAUAUAAUUUAUUGUUUCAAAAAUGAAGAAAUUCGAAUGGCCAAAAAGUAAAAGUAAUGCUCAAAAAUAUUUGAACUUAAUGUAUUGUAGCAGCUUGCAUUUAAACUAAGUAAUUCUUAUUUAUGUGAAAUCCAUUCCAUUGUAUACAUAACCAUGUCCAAGCAUAAAUUUUUUAUACAUUUCUAUAAAACAAUCUCUCGAAAUAUUAUAUAUAUUUUUAUGUCAUGUUAGUACUUCUAUAAUGUUCUAAUAAAUUUUUAUUUUAAAAACUG